GUGGUGGGGUCGUGCCCACAAUCGGGGAUGAGGGGAAGACCCCUCACUCCGCAGGCCCGGCUGGCACAGGCAGCGCGAACGAGGAAUCAAGCCAAGACCAGUGCCAGUCAAGAGCCUCUGAGGAGAGAACUCGAAUCAGGGAGAAGGAAAGAGGUUGUGGAAGUAGAGGACGACGAUGAUGAAGAGGAAGAGGACGAGAAGCUGUGUAGAGAGGAGGAUCAGAGAGCGGAGCAGCGGGCAAGAAAAAAAGGAACCAGAGGAGAGGCCGAACCGGUUAUAUAUGACGGGCCACCCAAAAAGAAGAAAUACGCGGUUCGGUUGGAAGAGGGAUUUGAUGUAGAGAGAGUAAUUGACAGGCUGCUGGAAGGGCAUAAUGACCUCAUGACCCUGAAGGAAAUCCUAGCGUCAGCCCCGCGACUCUACGAUGAACUAAAGGGGAGAUUGUCGAGGCGCCUGAUACCCAAUGUCCAUCUGGGUACUAUCCUGCCCAAGGAGGCUGAGUGGGUAGAGUCGGGGACGAAAGUGGACUGGAAGUGUGUAGCCUGCGGCACGGUGGAUUUGGUGGUGAAGGGCUCCAAGUGUGCGGCAAUGGUGGACAUCGGGGCCGAAAUGAACAUCAUUCGGGAGGCGGACGCAAUCAAAUUCGGGCUGGAUAUAGACCGUUCUGACUGCGGUAUUCUGCACGGAGCCAGCUGCAAGGCCGUUUUUUGUGGGACAGCCUCGAAUGUGCUUAUCGAGGUUGGAAAGGUGAAGGCCAGGGCAUGCUUCUUCAUAAUGCCGGACGUGGACCAUGGAAUCCUCCUGGGGAGGAACACCGGACCAAGGAGUGUAAGGAACCGGCCCAAUCCAGGAUCAUUCACGAUCGAGGAAUCGGAAGGGGAGCGCCGGAGGCUCCGGGCAGAGCCCGAAGCAGGAGAGAGGGUGAAAGCAUUUUCCCUUAGCCUGUCAAAUGUUGGGAAGGCCAUGGACCUGGUGGCCGCGCAUGAGAUGGCAGAUUCGGAUGCCAUCCAGGCCUUGAGGGAGCAAGUUUUGAAAUGCCCCGAGGUAGGAAGGUUGGAGUUGGUAUAUCGGCUCCCAGGCAGCGGAGGGCACCCCGCAUCAACACAAACACAAUCUGUGAGUCGGCCUAAGCAGGGUUCCCAAAGGCGGUACAAGACGGUAGAUAAGAAGUGCCGCCCGGUUCCCGUCCUCGUUACAGAAGACGAGGAAGCAUAUUACGAAAGAGAGCGAGGGCUGAUACGGCGAAUGAGGGAGAGUGUUUUAGCAGGACCAUGUCGUAUCAACGAAGAGAAUAAAGGGGAGUUGAUUAUAGGGGAGCUCGACUUCCUACUACCUCAAGAGCGAACAUUGAUGGUGGAAUUAAUGAAGAGGAGACAUCGCGCCUAUACGUUUAGCGACGAGGAGCGUGGCAGACUGGAUGUGGACAAGAUACAUAUGAUCCACAUCCACACCGUACCACACGAGCCUUGGAACAUGAGAGGGGCGCGAUAUCCUAACCCUGACGAGGAAAAGAAGGUAGUGGAUUACCUCGACGGCAAAAUACAUACGCACGUCGCCGACUAUUCUAACCUUUACUCAGGAUACGAUCAGUUUCCGGUCUCCCCGCCGGAUAGGCCGGUGACGGCUAUGCAUACGCCGCGAGGAUUAAUCCACAUGAACGUGGCCCCUCAAGGGUGGACCAAUGCAGUAGCAAUGGUCCAACGGGCCAUGAUUCGGGUUAUGCAGUCAGUCAGCCCCCAUAUUACACAGCCAUACAUCGACGAUUUGGCGGUGAAAGAGCUGGCAGUGAAGGAGACCGAUGAAGUCUCGCCAGGGGUAAGGCGCUUUGUUUGGGAGCAUAUCCAGGACCUCGAAAAAGUCCUGAGCCUGCUCGAGGAGCAUAACCUCACGGCAAGCGGGGCCAAAUCAAGAUACUGCAUGAGGGAAGCGACUAUUUUGAGGUUCAUCUGCAGCGAGAAGGGCCAGAGGCCGGAUGUAAAGAAGACGGACAAGAUUACUGAGUGGCCAGUUCUGUUCCACUCAAUAACUAAUGUCAGAAGCUUCCUUGAAGUUCUAAUUCAGGCAGACAUGGAAGGAAAGGAAAGACCCUUGCGAUUUGAGAGUCGGACUCUCUGUACGACGGAGAGGGACUACUCACAGUUCAAGAGGGAGACCCUUGCCGUCCUCCAUUGUCUGCGAAUCUUCCAGAACUACAUCUUCGGCAGGAGGUUUAUUUUGAGAGUGGAUCCGACCGCCCUGGCCUACUCUCUAAAGAAUUACGUUCCAUCGGAUCCGACGGUUGCCAGAUGGCUGACGUACAUCUGGAUGUUCAAUUUCGAAUUGGGACGGAUACCUGGCAGUAAGAACCGGGCGGACGGGCUGAGUAGGAUCAACUGGGAUAAACAGGAAGGGGAGGCGGUGGAGAAUACGCCCCCAGUUGAUGGAUUUCUAGAUCAGGAAGAAGAUGUUCGUCUCCACAUCAAUAAGUGGUCGCCGCGAGUGCCCAGCUGUGUAGGCUAUCCUAUUUGGCAAACGCCAAGUGGGUAUGAACGGAGGGAUGAGUUAGUCCUUAAGCCCUUUGAGGAAGAGGAUCCCUGGGGUGGUAAGGAUGUUCAGUGGAUGAUGGAGCUAGCACUGACCAGCUCGCAUAGCCUGGUGGAGGAUAUGAGGACGAUUGAGGAAGGACCUGGCCAGGUAGAACGGCAUGAGGACCUGAUGGGAGGAAUAUAUCUCCUCGUCAAUACGUUAUUGCAGGAAAGCCUAGACCAGUCAGACUCGUUGAACCCGACAGGGAAUGUGGACGAAGUGCGUGAGAGCCAGGACGACGAGUUCGAGGAAGGGGAAAUUAAGGAGGCUUUUCGUGCAGAGGAGUACGACGGGAUCUACCUAGAGAUGGGGCUUCUUCUGUCAUGUGAAAUGCGGCUAAGGGAUGCAGGCGAUAGGGCUCAGAGGAUGCUGCAGCGCUACUUAGUGCGAGACGACCACCUUUUCGAAAGAUCCCGUUUAAGGCAAGGAGAGCCGCUGCAUCCAAGGCUAGAGCGAGAGGUGGGGGCCGUAGUGCAUCUCGAUCUGCUUUUUAUGCCGCUUGGGGACCAGGGCUAUAACUAUAUUUUCGAUGCGCGCGACAACCUGUCUGGCUUCGUAGACGGGCAUGCUAUUCGCACGAAGACCAGGUCAGCCCUAGUGAGCUGCAUCGAGGAGUAUUACCUACGCUAUCCUUUCGUCAGGGAAUUCGUAAUGGACAGGGGAUCGGAGUUUACUUGCCAGGAGGUGCAAGAACUUUUAUCAAGGUAUGGUGUGGCAGCCAAUUACACCACGGCCGCGCACCCCCAGGCAAAUGCUCCCGUGGAGAGAGGACAUAGUACCAUUACGAGUCUCCUGGCUAAGUGGACCGAAGGUAGGCCUAAUCAAUGGCCACGAUACCUAAGGGCGGCUUUCUUUGUCGAGAAUAUUACAGUAAAAAGAUCCACCAAGUACGCACCGGCGACAUUGUGGUACGGAAGGCACGCGACCUUCCCUAUCGAAAGUUUUCUUAAGACAUGGAGGCGCCAGGAUCUGGAAGUUAACCUGUCAUUUGAAGAGUUGUUCGAUAUUCGGGCGCGGCAGGUAGGGGCCAUAGAAGAAAGGAUCCAGGAGGCGUCUGAUCAGGUGGCGAGGAGCCGUAUGGAUGAUAAGGAUCGAUGGGAUCAGUCUGCGCGGGUGAGGAAGGUACCCUUGGCAGUGGGAGAUGUCGUGCUUCUCUACUAUUCAUCACUGGAGAAGCAGUGGUCCAUGAAGCUCGAUAAGAGGUGGUUAGGUCCCUACCGGAUCGUACGGGUCGGAGACUUCGGGGCGUACCAGAUUGAGGAGCUGAAUGGGACCGAGUGGAAGGAUUGGGUAUUUGGAACGCGACUGAAGAAAUUCGUGGCGAGAGAAGAGCCAGAGAAGGAGAUGGAGGCAGAAAUCCCGAAGAGGGUCGACCUCCGCACAAGGGAAAGGGCGCCAGUUGGAGAGACGGUUGAAGAAAAGAGGGCGAGAAGAACCAGGCGGAUAGAUGAGAUAUGGCAGGAGAGGCAGAGGUUGGAGGCAGCAGGGGAGCUUCCGGAGCAGCAGCAGGGGAGGCAGAGGUUGGAGGCAGCGGGGGAGCUUCCGGAGCAGCAGCAGGAGAGGCAGAGAUCGGAGGCAGCAGGAGCACUCCCAGGUCAGCCACCCAGCGCGCCAGCUAGGGCUCCGGAGAUUCCAGAGAUGUGGAGGGACUUUUGGGAGCGAAGAGGAGAGGAGCUUCCCUCGCCAGUCAGAGCCGGGUUUGGGGUGGCCAGGAAGGCGGAAGAGAGGUUAGAUCGCAAAAUCAAGUUCCUGGCCAAGACAACUUUUGACCGGCACUUGUUAUUGGAGAGCGAUCUGGCAGGGAAGAAGAUGAAGGAAACAAACCAUGGAGUACACCUGGAGGCUAUGGAGGUGGAAAUUCAGGAACUUAGAGCAUUGGUAGUCAGUCAGGCAGCUAUCAUUGAGAGCCUGAGGCAGCAAACCCAGGGAAAGGUGGACAAGCCAGAGAGCAGCAGGCAGGGAGAGCAAAGGCAGCCAGGACGUGGAUUACCGGGACAACCAUCUGCAUCAGAGCUUCGCCAGGAGCCACCUAUGGGGAGAGUUAUCCUGUAGUCAAAGGAGGCGAGAGCCCAGAGACAGGCAGAGAGAGAGGCGUUCGAGUUCAGAGCCCCUACCGAACUCGCGA